CCCACAUCUGAUUGGUUGCUAAGGAGUUUGAAAAUUCUGUGGCCGCCUCCGCUCGACAACGGCAUCCUAGCUAGGUGCCGAUAGGACAGCUGCGCACGAUCUUCAGCCAAUGGGCGUCUUCCGCAUAAGGUUUGGAUUUAACAGCGGCACACUUUUGUUACGGGCUCGCAGAGAGAACUUUACACAAGUCUACACUGUGGAAUUAAUUGCAUGAUUUACGUUACUUUUGCAUUUGGUUGAACUCACUGCAAAAUCGUAAAACAAGGAUAUAGCACCCGGUAUACCCAUUGCAUCCUUCUAAGAUUGGGAUCAGGACACCAUGCCUUUUGUGAGGGGAAAGAAACCGACUGCUACGGGCGGUAGCAGGAUACCGAAACUGCACGCGAAAGCCACGGAGAACCAGGAGGAAGGCUCCCUCCAGGUAAAGAGAUCCUCCGCUCCGCCUCAGGGAGCCCCAAAGAAGAGAACGGCCUUCGUUGACAUCACCAAUGCCGGCAAGCUCAGCUUCUCUCUGCCAGGCAGGAAGAAGGAAACAGGGUCGAAGGUCCAGAAGAAGACCUCCAGCAAGGGGUCCUCCAAGAACAGGGCCAACCUGAAGAAGACUUCCUCUGUUAGGUCAGAAGGACCCGAAGAGGGGAAGAAACAGGAGGAGGAGGAGAGGAAGGAGGAGGAGGAGGAGGAGAGGGCAGCAACCCCCCCAGUAGAGGAGCUGGGGGUCUUGGAGGCCCCCCCUCGUAGAGAGCUACCCCCCCACCUGCAGAGACCUCAGAUCCCAGAGCAGUUUGAUAUAGACUCAGAGCACCAGAAUGACGUCUCCCUCACUGCAGAGUACGCCAAGGAGAUCUUUGACUACCUCAAACAACGAGAGGAGAAGUUUCCUGUGUGUGACUACAUGGCCCAGCAGCCCAGUCUCAACCCAGGGAUGAGGGCCAUACUGGUGGACUGGCUGGUGGAGGUCCAGGAGAACUUUGAGCUGAACCACGAGACCCUGUACCUGGCUGUGAAGCUGACCGACCUCUACCUGUCUGCCUGCCCCGUCAACAGAGAGGCCUUGCAGCUCAUUGGCUCCACAGCCAUGCUCAUAGCCUCCAAGUUCGAGGAGCGCUCUCCUCCCUGCCUGGACGACUUCCUGUACAUCUGUGAUGACGCCUACAAGAGGGAGGAGCUAAUCUCCAUGGAGACGAGCAUCCUUCAGACGCUGAGCUUCGACAUCAACAUUCCUGUCUCCUACCGCUUCCUGCGGCGCUACGCCAAGUGUGUGGGUGCAGGGAUGGACACCCUGACCCUGGCCAGGUUCACGUGUGAGCUGAGCCUGCUGGAGAUGGACCUGCUGCCAGAGAGAGGCUCCGCCCUCGCCGCCGCCUCCCUGCUGCUCGCCAUGGUUACCAAGGACCUGGGAGGAUGGUCCCCCGUGCUCCAGUACCACUCGGGGUACGAUGUGUCCCAGCUGGCUCCGCUGGUGCGCAGACUGCACGCCAUGCUGUCCAGCCCCCCCGACGACAAGCUCCGCGCCGUGCGCACCAAGUACGCCCACAAGGUGUUUUUUGAGGUGGCGGCCAUCCCUGUGGUUGCCAUAGAGACCCUGGAGAGUGCUUUGCUGGCAUGAUGGUGAUGUCAACAAUGUGUGUUUCUAGGAAAGAGAACCCCAUGUAUAUAUUCUGUAAUAUUUAUAUAUAUAUAUAUAUAUAUAUAGAGAGAGAGAGAGACAGAGAGACCCAACCAUAUUAUCUGUCUAUUCUGUUUUGUAAUAAAGAUGUAUUUUAUUGCAAUUUGUAAAAAAUAUAGGUGUCCUCAGCAAUGUGCUUGUUGUUGUUAUAAAUUAUGUUCAUAAGCAUUUUUGUUGUAUUAUAAUGUUCAUUCUAUUGAGACAUUUGUAUUCUUUUAUAACUAUUUUAAGAAAAAAGCCCUUGUUGUUUGUAUGUGUUUGUCACGAGUAUUGUCGGCGGUGAACUGCUGGUUUGUCGAGUUUAACUUACGGAAAUCUAAGUAUAUUUCUGCAGUUAAGUGUGUUUUCUUUACUGUGUGUGUGUGUGUAUAUAGUGUGUGGAUGUGUGUAUAUAGUAUGUAUGGUGUGUGUUUGUGCUCAUCAGUUUGUGUUUUGCGUACUUGUGUGUACAGGUAAUCAUGUUUGUACGAUAGUGAUACCUGUGAUUUCUUUUUUUUAACGUCUUCCUGUCAAGGCUUUGAAAAUAAACAGUUUUAGUUG